AUGGUGAAAACCGGGACCACCUGUGAAGAGCUCCAGGAAGAUAUCCACAAAACGGGCGAGUGGGCAGCAGAGCGGCAAAUAAAGUUCAAAGCAGGCCAGCGGCCUGAGAUUGCCAAACCUGACCUCAUUUCCAGGCUGGAAGGAGAAGAAGAGCCGUUUCUCCUGAUCUCUGAUGCAGAAGAGGGACUGGCAGGCUCACCGAGGGUCUCUAUUGAAACCCCCUCCCCAGCGCAGUCAUUUGAACCAGAGCCCGUAAGAGCUUCGGAAUACGGUCCAGGAAGAGGAAUAUCUGAGGAAGAUUUUGGGGGUUUCCCAGCUGAAAGAACAGGGGAUGAAGCCACCGAUGGAGGAAAGCUGUACCAGCCGGAAGGCGCCUCUUCACAGGAAGCAUCUGAAGAAGAAAGCAGCAGCCCCAGUGAGAGAGAUCCUGCAGGAGGCAUGUGGGGGUCCAUGAAUGAAACCUCUGAGCAUCCAGUGACGGGAAAAGGGGAUACGUAUUCAGAUGUGAAAGGGGAGUGUGGGAAAAGCUUCAGUUUAAGGGGAAAUCUUGUUCGCCAUGAAAGAAUUCACACAGGAGAGAAACCUUAUAAAUGCCUGGAGUGUGGAAGAAGUUUCAGUCAGAGUGGACCCCUUAAUUCCCACCAAAGAAUUCACACAGGGGAGAAACCAUAUAAAUGCCUGGAGUGUGGGAAAAGCUUCAGUGUAAGAGGAAAACUUGUUCGCCAUGAAAGGAUUCACACAGGAGAGAAACCAUAUAAAUGCCUGGAGUGUGGAAAAAGCUUUGGUCAAAAGAAAACCCCUGUUAUCCAUGAAAGAAUUCACACAGGAGAGAAACCUUAUAAAUGCCUGGAGUGUGGAAGAACCUUCAGUGAUUGUGGAAGCCUUAAUCACCAUCAAAGGAUUCAUACAGGGGAGAAACCAUAUAAAUGUGUGGAGUGUGGAAGAAGUUUCAGUCAGAGUGGACACCUUAAUUCCCACCACAGAAUUCACACAGGGGAGAAACCAUAUAAAUGUCUGGAGAGUGGGACAAGCUUCUUUGACAGUAGAAGCCUUAGUUACCAUAAAAGAACUCACACAGAGGAGAAGCCAUAUAAAUACCUAGAGUGUGGGAAAAGCUUCAGUUUAAUGGGGAAACUUGUUCGCCAUGAAAGAAUUCACACAGGAGGGAAACCUUAUAAAUGCCUGAAGUGUGGAAGAACCUUCAGACGCAGUGGAAGCCUUCCUACCCAUCAAAAACUUCACACAGGGGGAAAACAAUAUAAAUGCUUGGAGCAAUUCACACGGGAGAAACCAUAUAAAUGCCCAGGGUGUGGGAAAAGCUUCAGUUUAAGGGGAAAACUUGUUUGCCAUGAAAGAAUUCACACAGGAGAGAAAUCUUAUAAAUGCCUGGAGUGUGGAAGAAGUUUCAGUCAGAGUGGACUCCUUAAUUCCCACCAAAGAAUUCACACAGGGGAGAAACCAUAUAAAUGCCUGGAGUGUGGAAAAAGCUUCAGUUUGAGGGGAAACCUUGUUCACCAUGAAAGAAUUCACACAGGAGAGAAACCUUAUAAAUGCCUGGAGUGUGGUAGAACCUUCAGUGAUAGUGGAAGCCUUAAUCACCAUCAAAGGAUUCGUACAGGAGAGAAACCAUAUUAA